AUGGCUAUCCACUCCCAGAAUGAGGCUUUGAUGUGCAAAGUUUUUCAGUCCAGCCUGGGGCCAGUGGCGAUGAGAUGGUUCAACAGCUUGAAGGCAAAUUUCAUAGGUUCCUACAAGCAGCUCACUCAGGCCUUUUGCUCUCGCUUUAUUACGAAUAGCAGAGUCCCUCGACCCCUAAGUUCGUUGUUAUCCUUAUCUAUGCACGAGGGAGAAACCCUAAAGGCGUAUUCGGAUAGGUAUUGGGAGAUGUGUAACGAGAUGGAUGAAAACCACGAUAAUGUCGCCAUCAACAUGUUCAAAAGUGGUCUCCCCACCGAGCACGGCUUAAGAAAAUCUCUAACUGGUAAACUCGUCACCAGCGUUCAUCAAUUGAUGGAUAGGAUUGAUAAGUAUAAAAAGGUGGAAGAAGACCAACUACAAGGGAAAGGAAAGGAGAAGAUCGUUCCCCCCAAAGGGAAUGAUUACAGAUCGGAACGAUACAACAAUAGCCAGCCGAGAAGGGAUUUUUCGAGACAGGCUGGACAAACCAACAUGCAAAUGGUUAAUUCCGUAUUCAGAGAGCCAGUACAACAAGUUCUGGAGAAAGUCAAGAACGAACCUUUCUUCAGAUGGCUAGGUAAAAUGGCUGGAGACCCCUCGAAGCGCAAUCAGAACCUGUAUUGUCAUUAUCAACAAGACCACGGACAUACCACUGAAGAUUGCAGGAAUCUAUGGAAUCACCUAGAUCAGCUGGUCCAAGAAGGAAAGUUACGUCAUCUUUUACACCUCUCGAGCGGUCAUCUAGGCCAAGCAAUACAAGAGCCUCGGAAGGACGUAUCUUUGAGACCUCCCACAAGGACGAUACAUGUCAUCCUCGCCGCCCCAGGAAGAACCGGAUUUUUUCCUUCUAGGGUGUUGUCCGUGGCUCGGCUUCCCGCCGAGGACAGGGUAAGGGAGUCUAAAAGAUCUAAAAAGGGAAACUCAUUGAUAUUGGGGUUCUCGAACGAGGAUAAGAGGGGAACUAUCCAACCUCACGACGAUACUUUAGUGGUUACAUUGAGGAUCGGAGGUUUCGACGUAAAGAGGGUACAAAUAGAUCCGAGAAGUGCAGUGGAAGUAAUGUAUCCUGAUCUGUACAAGGGGCUGGACUUAAGGCCUAAGGAUUUAACGGCUUAUGACUCUCCCCUUAUAAGUUUCAAGAGGAAGACUGUUGUACCAAAAGGGCAAAUCAGAUUACCCAUACAGACCGGAUCAGAGGUGGUGGAGGUAGAUUUUAUCGUGGUCGAUGCCUACUCGCCCUACACAGCAAUAGUAGCCAGACCGUGGCUCUAUGCCCUGGAGGCCGUAUCUUCUACACUUCACCAAAAAGUAAAAUACCCAUCCGGAGGCCGAGUAAAAGAAAUUCGUGGAGAUCAAGCCAUGGCUAAGCAAUGCAUGGUGGCCGCCAUCUCACAUCGGUCCAGUGCUGAGUCCUUGGCUUCUGAGAAUUUAUAG